AUGUUAUUAGAGGGACUUACAUGCCUAAAAUUGGCUCAAGUUGUCCGUUUGAAAUUAUUAUAUUUGAAUAUCGAUAAAGAUAUGUUUGAGUUAUUCGAAUUUGAUCCUAUUGAAUAUAUCAGAAGGGAUUUGGAAGGAUCAGAUAGUGAUACUCGUAGAAGGGCUGCAACAGACUUUGUGCGCAGCUUGAUGUCACAGUAUUUGCACAAUAUAACAAGAGUUAUUGGAGUUUAUAUUGCAGAAUUCCUAAAGCGUUAUAAUGAAAAUCAAAAAAAUUGGAAAGACAAAGAUGUAGCAAUUUACCUUUUAACUUCGAUUGCCACUCCUGGAACUACUACAAAAGUAAGUUAUACUAUUCAAUUAUCAGUUGAACUUAACGAAGCUUUAUUGUUUGCAAAAGAGAUAAUCAGAUUAUUCAAAUUAAAUUACAAGUAUGGUCUCACGGUAGUAAAUGAUUUAGUAGACGUUGUUGAAUGGUUCUCUGCAAAUGUCUUACCAGAUCUACAAACUGUUGUUGAUAGUGGGGAACCAGUUUUGAAGGUCGAUGCAAUUAAAUACAUAUACACUUUCAGAAAUCAGAUGAAUAAAUCACAACUAACUAGUGUUUUCCCAUUAUUAGUCAAACAUGUUUCAUCUUCCAAUUAUGUAGUUCAUACUUAUGCUGCAAUAACUAUUGAUAAAAUGUUAACAAUGCGCAAAGAUAAUGCAAUGUUAUUUAGUAGGGCAGAUAUUAAGCCAUAUACUCAAGAACUUUUAAUUAGUUUAUUCAGAUUAAUCGAGUCAGGAACAACACCUCAAACAUUAGCGGAAAAUGAUUAUCUCAUGAAAGCUGUAAUGAGAGUUAUUUUCACUAGUCGUGAGGAUAUUUUACCUUAUGUUGGAGAUAUUAUGAGUCACUUAAUUGCUAUUUUAGGACAAAUUAGUAAAAAUCCGAGUAAUCCUCGUUUCAAUUAUUAUGUUUUUGAAUCAAUUGGAGCAUUGAUUAGAUUUAAUUGUCAAGGUAAUACUGAACUAAGAAAAAAUUUCGAGGAUACUCUGAGUGGUCCAUUCCAAUACAUUAUGGAUAAGGACGUAUCUGAUAAGGAAGGGAUGAAUCCAGAUUAUGUAAUCCAAGCAUUUGAUUCACUUCAAAAUCAACUUUUUAUACAAGUCUUGAAUGCCUUCAUCAUUCCUCAUUUACAAAAAGUUCAAGGUUACAUGGAACGUAAAAUUUGCGCAGUGGGGAUGACACGUCUUAUAACACAAAAAGAUAUGCAAUUCCAAACCUCGUAUUCCAAAUUAGCAACUACCAAUAAACCAAAGGAUGAUCCUACAGAAUCAAUCAAAGAUCCAAAAAUCUUUUUAGCUCAAUCCAUUAAAAAUUUGAAUGAUUUACAUCCUGAAAUGAUAUCUGAAACUAUACAAAAAAGAAUACCACCUGA